UUUACAAACUCGAGUGUCACUUUUUCAUUGCGAAGUUGGUUUGUUAUUUUCUGUGUUCCCAUGUUUGUUAUGUGGGAUACGGUGGCAUGUAGAUCAGCAGAUACACAUUACGCAACUUUAAACGAUGGAGGAAGCUGUCAAAGGCGAUGGAGGAAUUAAGCUUAAGGAGAAAGAUGCAGAGAGCCAAAGACAAGUUCAAUUGAAAGUGCCAACACACAUACAGUCUUAUUCCUGGGACUGUGGACUGGCUUGUUGCUGCAUGGUGCUAAGGUAUAUGAAGAGGGAUGAUCACAGCGUUUAUACUUCCGACUUUGAGGCGCUGAAUUGUGGAGAAAGUAUUUGGACAAUUGAUUUGGCUUACUUGUUUAAGUACCAUGAUAUUAAAACGAAGCUGACAACAAUAACCCUUGGAGUGGAUCAAGAAUAUGCUAAAAAGCCAUUCUACAGAAAUCACUUCAAUCAAGAUGAGGACAGGGUCGGCAAGAUGUUUUCUGAAGCUGCCUCAAGAAAUAUAGACGUGGAAAAGUGUUCAGUGCCUAUGUCGGACAUCGUGAAUCACAUCGCUAAGGAAAACCUGGUGAUCUGCCUAGUGGACUGGAACUAUCUCGAGUGUAUCUGGUGUGACAAGAGACGACAUUGUUUUUCUUGCUUCAAACGGUGCUGUGGAACAUACCAAGGACAUUUUGUGGUUGUGUGUGGCUUUGACCAAAGAAAAAAACGUGUGUUCUAUAAAAAUCCUUCAUAUGAUGAAGAGGUCUGUUGUAGCCGAAUGGACAAAUUUGACAAAGCAAGAAAAAGUAAUGGUACUGAUGAAGAUACACUUUUCAUCUUCAGCUCCUAGAAACACAAACAUCACUGCAGUGUAAUAAUGAAAACAUUCUUCAUCCCUUGAUUAUAUAAGAUAGCACAUUUUCGCAGGGUUGUGAUGAAGAUAUCGCCUACACCUUGAGUCCUGAUAAAGGCAUACAUUUCAGCAGGAUUAUGGUGAAACAUCCUCUACAUCUCCAGCACCUAGACAAUUUUAUAUCUCAUGUUGCAGUGGUUUGUUGUGAUAGAAAUAUUCAUCUUAGCUCCACUGAAAGAAAAAAACAACAUCUCUGCAUGGGUUGUGAUGAAGAUAUCCACUGCACCUUCAUCUCUGAGAAAGACAAAACAUUACUGCAGAAUUGUGAACAAAACAUAGUUUUCUUCAGCUUCCUGAGAAGUACAAACAUAAUGCAGGGCUAUGAAUAUAUAUGAUAUCUUUCUUCAGCUUAUUUAGAGACACAACCCUGCAGGACUGUGACUAAAACAUCAUCGUUAUCUUUGGCUUCUUAAGAGGUACUUUGCUGCAGGGUUGUGAGAAAUUUUCAUUAUGUAUAACACCUUGUCUAGUGGUGAGGCUGUGAUAUGUAUUGUCAGAUCUUGUACAGCUCCAUGUAAUCAGCAGACAUUGUAAUGAUAAAAAACUACCACCAUCUGAAAACUAUUCCUAAGUAUGUACCUCAGGUAUUUCUGUUUAAUUUUGUAUGAUGAAAACUUUUAAUUUAAUCUUCAUUUUUUUUUUUUUUUACAAAACUGUAAGAAACUUUAAAUUUAAUCUUUUUUUUUUUUUACAAAACUGUAAGUAAUGGUUACAAAAUGCUUUUAUUGUGGUCAAAGAAAAACCAAGGGAAUGUUAAGUUGGUAGAUGUCAUGCUGAAUGUUUAAUGAGGGGAUAGCAUUUUUUGUCAUAUGCAGUUACAUGUACAUGUACAAUGUAUUAUCAAAUUCUUCAGCUAAAUCACCCUCUGGAUAAUUUUAGUUGCUGUUAUACAUGGGAAUUCCUAGGUGUUCUGUACAUAAAAAGUUUCCUGCUGAGUUAGAUGGAGUUGUACAGGUCUCUAUGUGGAGGAACUACACCUAAAACCAAGGGAUCAAAUCAUUAAAUCACUACAGCUGCCAUUCUGAGAUAAUCUUUCUAAUGUUUGGAUAUCUAUCAAGUAAUAGUUGUAUCAAACUUUUAUUUUUAUUGCAAUUGUAUUUUUUAUGUAUUUUAUUGAAUCUAUUUAUUUUAUAUUUCCUUUAUUUUUGGUUAUGAUAAUCAUUUCAAGGGAAAUUAUUAUUUUUCAUUUUUAAGAACUGAAAAAUUCAAGUUUUACCUAGAAAGGUAACUAGUCCUAAAUCGAGGUGAUCAUUGGGGAACAUGAUAGCUAUAUAAACAAGAUUAUUGUACAUAUCUAUAAGUUUACAGAACAGCCAUACUCUAUAAUCUAGCCUCAUUAUCCAGACACCUCUAAUAUCAUUGACCCACGGUCUAGCCCUGCAUCCGGUAACAUAUUUUUCUUGCUUUAUUCAAUAAAAACCCGUUCCAGUGGGCAAGAAAUUUUAGAAUCCACAAAAGUUUUGAAUGAAGAUUCCUGGAUUAAUAGAAUGUAUUACCUGUAUACUGCUAUGUUUAAGAUUAAUCUACAUUGUAUAUCCAUCAACAGCCAACAGUCUAACAGAAACUAGCUGCGAAUGAGAGGGUAUUGAAUAUCAGCAGGAUAUGCAAGAUAAAUUUAUCUCAAACACAUUUCAGUAUUAAAUAUACUUUUUUGUUGUCGAAAAUUAUGUCAAAAUUGCUUAAAACUGUUAAAUAAUCAUUACAGUAUUAAAAGUUCUCCAAUUUGACUGAAUUACCUCCCUUGUGUGUUAUGCAUCAAAUUUAUAAUUUAACAUGAAGUCAAUUAAAUUAUGUUGUAAUUUUUAGAUGAUGUUUAUAGGUGCUUAGCACUUUGUAGUAUAUGACUUAUUCCCUUUCUACAGAGAGAAUAAAUAGGCUCAACUGUAGGCUGUAAUGUAUAUUCUUGUGUUCAGGCUACAAGACUUUCGACAGUGUUCACCUGUAAUUGAGGGAGCGGGGAUUGUAUUAUCUUUAUCAAGUUUACAUUUAUAGGUGAAUUUUAAUUUGUUAUUACUGUACAUGUAGGAAUUGCACAAAGGUUAGAACUUCAAUAAUCUGGACAAAGUAAGUGUUGGAGGAAAACAAAUAUUUUAAAACAUUUAUGAAAAAUUCAAUAAAGUAAUUCAUCCCUCCUUUUGGCCUGUACUGUGAUGAGCAGGGGAUGAUUAAACUAGAGGUAACAAACAGAUAAAAAAAACCAGGAGCUUUUCUCAUCCAAAAGGCCAAUCCAAGCUGGCCAUGCAUCUAGGUGAAAUGUAUGCUAUCCACUGCCUCGUCUGCUCCUCCACAUCACUAAUCACCAAGCAAGGUUUCAUUUUCCGAUAAAAAAAAAGAUUUUUGUCCUGACUAUCGAGGUUUAACUGUAUAUUAAUUGUUUUUGUUGUGUUAUGGGACUUUUAAUUGUUUGUUGUUUAUAGUUAUCUAAGUCAGUUAAUUAGUUAUCAUGUCUUGAUAUUGGAAGUAUUUAGUUCUAGUUCCAAAUCAUAUCAAUUUGUGAUUGCUUUGGUAAAAUGGUAGCACAUCCAAUUACAUAUACAUAUAUGUUCUAUUAAGUUUUCAAAAUUUUCUUAUUUACUAUAAGUCUAGUUCUAAUAUUCCAUUUUUUGAAAGAAAAAAUAUGAAAUAUUAAAAUAAAAGAAAGUUGACAAAUAUAAAGCAAAUUGUGAACAGUUGCUAAGGACUAUUCCAAAAAUGGAGGAGUGAGGGAUAGCAGGCAGGUAGCAAUUUAUUGUGCCCUUGCCCACCCAAAAAAUUUUUAUUUGCUAUGGUCCACUUUUCAAAUAUUAUGUUAUCUUAUUUUAGAUCCCACCACUAGUAAUAGUAGAUGUCACCAACACCUGCCUUACCUGCAGCUACACAUACAUAUUUGGAAUAGUCUUAAAACAAUGGAUAUGUACCAUAUUUAUCCAUCAAUAAGCCCAUGCCUUGAACUCAGCCCACCCCUAUCCCCUUCAGUUCAGUAGAAUUGUCCACAAACUAUACUUUAUUGUUUUGAAACCCACCCACUGCUUUUGAACCAGAGGUUAUAUGUUGGCCCCUGGGUAUGUUGUUGGAUAAAUGCAGCACAAAUUAUAUGAAUGUUCUUCUGUAUAUUGUUCAAAGGGAACUUGAUGCAGGUGUCAAAUAACCAUUUGCAGUGAAACGGUGUAUGUUUUUCAGAAACAGAUAUGAAUGAUUCUUUUGAAAUACGAUACACAGUAUCAUACUUACCUUAUAAGCUGCCUGUGUGGGUAUUGUCAUAUUGUUUAUGAUGAAUGCUUUUUAUGUUAUGUAACAUUAUGAAUAUUGGGAUAAAUAAUAUGAAGUUACAUUGAUAUGAUUCCAGUGGUACUGUGUAGGAUCAUGUUGUUACCCACUUUUAAAAGUCAAAAUUUCUAAAAAAAAAUUAACUCAACUUGAUAUUUGUUUACCUGUGACAGUCACGAAGUGAGACUUCGGUGUUACAUUUCCACCAGCAGCGACAGCAUCGUCAGCAUUUCACUUUUAAGUUUUGUAGUAAGAUCAGCUGCUCAAAAAGUUGAAGUAUGGACAUUUUCACACACCCAACAUAUUGCAUGAAUUUUAAUUUUUUGCUGUUACUUUAGGUUAAAAACCUUAGAUUUUGAAAAAUUUAUGUAAAAUUUUCAUUGCUUCUCAAGUUGAUUUCCAAGUUAGUUUAUUGCCAGAUUGGUUGUAGUUUAUUGCCAAAUUGGAGUGAAUUGUAUUAUAAAUCAGAUGCACGUUUUUCUCACAUUUUUGAUUUUUGGGGGAAAAUGAUAUAUUUAUGUGAAUUUUAAGAAUUAGUAAUUUUGCUAAAUUUGGCUUCUUUUUUUUUUGCAAUCUUACAUCAGUAUUUACACAUACCUGGUAUCUAUAAUGUAUACAAGGCUGCUUCCAUACUAUCAAGUGGAGGGUUGGGUUUUUUUGCUUUUUUUUUGGAAAAAAUAAUGUUUUAGUGAAUUUUGGAGUACUAUACAAACAAAACGGAAAAGAUGAGAAAUGAAAUUCUUGUACAAAUGUAGUUGUAUUGGAGAUAUAAUUUUAAAUCCAAGUUAAUUAUGAAAUUUGUUCAUAUUAGUACUGUAACAUUAUAACUGGAAUGGUUGGUAUUAAAAUAUUGAUACAAUAGAAUCCUGGAUUGUUGAUGAAAUCUGAUAACUUUUAUUUAAAAUUGGAACAUUAAAUGUUAUAAAAAAGUACAUAUUCAUCGAUGUGUAUAUCUCUUUUAAGGGGAAUAUCUGGCAGAUAUGUUACAAACAGUUACAGUGUUAAAUCGAAACAUUUUUGAAAAUGAAAUCAUCACAAAAAUAAGUGUCUUUUUGAUGUCUUCACAAGGUAAUUUUCACGUAAAUAUAAACAGAACAAUAUGGGUCCGUAUUCUUAAAACCGUACUUACGCUAAAAUACACAUUUUGUGCUUAGGCUCAAAUACUUUUGGUGAUAAAUGCGAUAUCUGAAUUGAUAUUUUUUUCUCGAUAAUUUGAAGGAAUAUCAAGUGAUAUUAUGUACACUUAUAUUGUUUCAGUGUAUAGGUGUUUUCUUUUAAACUACUACAGGUAUUUCAUAAUUUAAGUAAGGUAAAAUGUUCAAAAUGAAAAUAUAUAAAUAUAAUAUAAUAUAACAUAUAAUAUAAUAUAUAAUGAAGUUUUAAUGUAAAUUUUGACUUCACUUUCAAUCACACAGGAUAAAAUUUCUGCAUGUUACAAUUUUUGCGGGCUCAGGAACUUUAUUUGCCUAUUUUUUUCUAAUUACUUUAACACUUUUCUUUUAUUUCACUAUUUUCUUUGUUUCUUUAACUUUUCACUAGUCCUCCUACUGCCGUAUUGUUUAUCAUGAUCGAUGAGCUAUGAUGUUCACAGCAGACGACAUCAAAGUGUUUUCUUCACUUGCCAUAUUGAUCAGUGUUUAACUGAAAAACUGCAGAUGCUUCAUAAUUAUUGGUAGCAUGUGGGUUUGCAUCUUUGAAAUCCGUGAGCUAAGUUCCUGACAAAUCAUUAAGAUCGUACAUGAAUACAAUCACUGGAAUUUCAAGGACGGUAUGUUUUUUAUCCCAGGAUAUUCAUAUACAUUUUUUUUGUAUAUUUAGAAAUUAAUUUGCAUAAAUUCCCUGCUUGUUAAUGAAUUACAACAGUAUUUGGCUACAACUUAGUUAUGUUUACAAUUUCAAUCACCUAUCUAAAGGCCUAAAAGCAUAAUAUGCAUGGUACAUUGUAUUUUAUAUAAAAAAACUAUAUAUGAUCAUCAAAUUUACAAGUUUGUACUCAAUGCAAGAAUACUUGAUAAUGUGAUGCACUUGUAAAUACAUGAUACACUUUGUGUAUGUAUUAAAUGGUUGUACUAUUUCAGUAAAAAUCUCCUUUGAUAUAUGUAUAGGAUGUGUAAUUCUAAAAUUGUGUAUAAACUGCUCUGUAAGUCUCCUGUUUCACAGGUAUCAUUUAUGCCUAGGACAUCCAGUUGACCCUACUGCAACAAUUUCAGAAAUCAAAUCUAUUUCUCAGCAAUCUUAAGUGUUCAAACAUAGUUGAGUAGACAUGUCGCUUCAAUCCCAAGAGUCAAAUUUUAUUUUUGGGAGUCAAAAACAUACGCUCGAGAGUCUACUGGAAGCCCUGCCAUCUAUGGAUAUUAACGUGUACAUGUACAGAAUUGAAAUAUAAAAUAUUAAACAAGAGAUUUCAUGUAUUUGUGACCAGCGGAUACUGCAGUACAUAGACUUCAGUUUUAUCUCAAAAUAAUGAUAACCAGGUACAUGUAGACUUUGUUUAUAUGGACAUUUAUGGUAAUCAACUCUAUAUAGAUUUAUGGACAGUUGUGAUAAUUACUUGUUUAUGUUCAUUUAUCUUAAGUAGAUACAUGUUGGCUUUUAAAUCUACAAAAAAAACUUUCAUACAAAAAAUGACCACUAUUUCCAUUGUAGGAAGCCUUUUUACGAUGUUAAGCUCAGCUUUUCACCGAGUUAUUGUCAGAAUGUUUAUCACUUAUGAAAAUGUUCUUUAUCAAUGCACAGUAUAGAUAAUAGCUUUUUGUGUAAAAAUCCUAUAUUGCUAUUUAUAUAAAUCUACAGCCUGUGUAACCUUCAUUGAAGCAGCUAUUCCAUUAUUCUGGCUAUCCUUGACCUUUCUCAAACAAUAGGCAUGCUGGUUUCGACCUUUGUUAAUGUUGCUAGACCAUUUUGAAUUUUUAAAUGAUUAAUAUGAGAAAAAUGUCAUUAAAUUUACAUUGUUUAUCCUCGAUUCAAGUAAUUGGUUUAUACAUCAUUCACUGUAUCUGUUAAACUAUGCUUAACUAUGAAAUCAAUUUUUCAGCGCUCAUACUUUUCUAUAUUCAUAUAACACCUGCUUUCAGGAGAUGUUUGGUCUGAAGUGCUGAUGUCACCGCCUAAACAAAGCUAAUGUCACAAUUUCAGCCCAGCUGAUGUCAUGGACUAACCACAGCUGAUGUCGCUGUCUCACCACAGCUGAUGUCAUGAUCUAACCACAGCUGAUGUCACGAUCUAACCACAGCACAGCUGAUGUCACUGUCUAAACAUAGCUGAUGUCACGAUCUAACCACAGCUGAUGUCACGAUCUAACCACAGCUGAUGUCACGAUCUAACCAUAGCUGAUGUCAUGAUCUAAACAUAGCUGAUGUCACUGUCUAACCACAGCGAAUGUCACGAUCUAAACAUAGCUCAGCUGAUGUCAUGAUCUAAACAUAGCUGAUGUCACUGUCUAACCACAGCUGAUGUCACGAUCUAACCACAGCUUAGCUGAUGUCAAGAUCUGAAUAUAGCUGAUGUCAAGAUCUAAAUAUAGCUGAUGUCACGAUCUAGCCACAACUGAUGUCACUGUCUAACCACAGCUGAUGUCAUGAUCUAAAAACAGCUGAUGUCAAGAUCUAAAUAUAGCUGAUGUCACUGUCUAACCACAGCUGAUGUCACCAUCCCAAAAAAUCUCCAACACAUGAACUGCUGAUAACACAUUCUUAACACAGCUGACUAAACACUGCUAUGAUGUCGGUCUAAACAUAUAUAUAGCUGAUGUCAAGAUUUCAGGAGACUCUUUUUAGUGACUGGUCUAAUUCAGGUAUUAUACUUACGUACACUUAACAAAAUUUAUCCAAAUCACUUCACUUAUCUGUUGUUUUCACAGCUGUUUUAGAUUUACAAUAUGAGGAGACUUUUUGACAAGUGUUGCCCAGUCUGUUGCAAGGCAGUGCAGGGUCUGUUGAAAAUGACAAAAUUUUGUAUCCAUCUUAUUUCAGCCACUCUAGGUUUCUGUUCCUUAAACUACCCUACUGUCGGCAACUCGCUUGGGGAUAUUUGAAAUGUGCUGAGAGGAAGACAAAAUCUGCAUGUCAACUUCCAUCAUUUUAUUCUUCCCCAAAUCUCCUACCUAGAGAGUUCUAAAUCAAGGGAGGUAAUUACAAUUUAACAGAAGUUAGGCAAUUACAAGAGUUGUCUCCCCUCUCAUGAUACCCGUAUAGAUACUAAUACACAACACUACAUAUAAUUUAUUAAACAUGAGUAUAGAGGAAGGUUUAAUAUAGUAAGUAGCCGAGAUUUUAUGUGCAGCUCUAUAUUUAAUUAGCAAUGUUAAGUAUUGGUACUAUAUAGAUUGUAACAUUAAUGGGGAUUUCUUAUGCUAUAUAUUUGCAGUCAUUUGAAUAAUCACAAAAAAAAUAAAUCCCCUACGAAUAUUCAUACAUACUGGCAAAAUGUUCAUAAGGCAUGGUUGCACAAAAUUUAAUGAUACUCAUGAAUUAGGUCAGACGGGGGCAACUGUGAAAUAUUAUCCCAGUGAAAUUUGAAAACUAUACAAUACAUUUGAUGAAUACUCUACCACCUUUGUUGAAAGACCACUUAUUCAUAUUUGGGAAUUUGAUGAUGUACUUGAGCUCCAAAUAUGGUGUAAUUGAACAGAAAUUUUGAGUUACAGCUGUUCACCUUUAAGUGGUGCUCUUUGAUAUGAAGAUAUGUAGAUGGACUUUUAUGAUUACAAGGAGGUAUGCUUUUUUUGCAACAUUUGGUUAUUAAUUUUUUUUAGUGGACAAGGCAUAAUGUAAAUUUAAUUCAUCCUUGCCAUCUUCUUCAUUUCAAAGUUCUUGAAGUAUUAUAAGAAUGUUUAUGAAUUGGUGCAUAGUGAUAGUAAAAUAUAUCUUUUAUAUAUAUAUAUAUAUGUAUAUGUAUGUGUAACUUUAACAAUAUUUCAGCAUUUGAAUACAGAUGAGUGUUGGUCAACAUGCCUUUAAUAUAUAAAGUAUGUAAAAUAUGUAUGGUAUGUCGCUAUUUUGAUUUUUGCCAAAAGCUUCGGUGAUGGAUUUUCUUUGGAAAACUUGUUUGGAUUUAUGUGGGAGAUAAUAUAUGAAUACUCAGUUUAACUGGUCUGAUGAUGCAAGUUUUAUGUCUAAAUCUUUGUUGUGGAUAGAUUAUCUGUAAGAUUUAUCAAAAUCAAGAAGUGACAAAAUAUCGAAAAAGGGUAUCACUCUUAACACUCUAGUUCUCAACAGAAUUUGCUGAAAAUUGAACAGAAACAAAAAUGCAAUAUGGAUCAAAAAUAUCUUUGAAGGAAAUUAAUAACCAGGUUACUUCAAAGUUAUAAUGCAGAAACAGUCUCUGAACCAGCUUAUUAUGGUAUGCUACCUAAAACAUAUAUUCAUAAAUCAUACCCAAUCUCCUUCAAACAUUUAACCUUGGGUAGAUUAUUUUUUUCAGAAAAAGGAAUUGUCCGAAUUUUGCCUUCAUACAAUGACUAUAUUUUGUGUAAACUGACAUGAUUCUUGAUAACUUAAUUUGAUAUUGUUAUGCUGAAGUAAGCAGGUUUUCAUACUGGCAUGUUUAUCUUGCUUAUUGGCAGUACUGCUAAAUCUCUAACAAUUGUCAGGAAAACAGAUUGAUUAUUUGGGUCUUGACCAACAGGUUUAUUUAGCAAAACUGAAAAAAAUUCACAAAGUCUGCUUUAUAUAAUGUAUGAAUUGUUCUGAUUUCCCAUUUAAGUCAUAUUUAGUCAAUUUAAAGUAAUUUUAAAAAUUUUACGUAUAAUUAUGUACAAAUUUACAUUACUUAUUACAAAUAAAUUGAUACAUUUCCUACAUUA